AUGCGUUGCCAUGUGAUGGGGCCCAGCGGGCACAAGUCCGAGUACCACUGCGCCACGUUGCUGGGGAACUGGCAGGAAGAACGGCGGUCCUUCGGUUUCGUGGACCCUGCACGUGAGCCCCUUAGCUACAUGACGGUUUACAAGGACUCCUUCCGAGGCACGAAGACGGAUGAAGAGCUGGCCAACGCGAAGCCACCAAGCUGUUUCCACGAAAACGCGCUACCGGAGCUUCUUUUUUACCAUAACGAAAUCACAAACCCGCCCAAGAACCUCCUUACUGUGAACGAACUAAGCUACACCAACGCCAAGGGAGGGGAGGAGGUGAAUACUCUUCACGAUAUACUACACAAGGAAGGUGUCUCAAAGAAAAGGGACAAAACGAUUGCCAUCCGCCGUGAGCUGGGCUUCAUUGGAUACGGGGCACCCCAUGAGGGCAGUUUGCUGGCGAGCAAAGGGGCGACGGCAACUCCUUUAGAUUAUACCAUGCGGUGCGGCACAACCACAGAUCAAAACUUUCUUGAGAGCACGCGCGGUGGUUGUUACAAGCCACCAGUGAUUCCCGCCAUCGGUCGCAUGCAAGAAAAGCAGCGACUCCUGACAACAAAGAACGUAACAGUAGACGCCACUGGAGAAUAUCUCAAGGACAAUAUUGACGAAUAUCCCGCCACAAGCAGUGAAUGCUGGGGAAUGUUCAUGAAAUUUACAGACAAUAUGAAGGGGAAGAAGCUGCGUGAGUGCUACGAAGAUUAG